AUGGAGGGUCAGAGGUACUCCACCUCGCGCAGAAAGGCCUGUCAGCACUGCUUAAGCGCUAAGGCAAAAUGCGACCUCAGAGAUGGCGGUUGCUCGAGGUGUCUGCUUUGCAUUUACCCUAAGGGUCUGGGUCGGAGGGGUUCUUCUGUCUAUGGUUUAGAUGGUAGCAGUCAAGCAGAUCGGAUGGAUUCGCAUAUGCUUGCCUCUGCCCAGCGAGGCUUUCAAUCUAGUACUCGAGGUUCAGCGAUCGGCUCGGCGCGGUCUGUGGGUGAUGCCAAUGGCAGCCCAACAAACACCUCUCUGACGGCGUUCAGUGAGGGACAUACUCCAACGACAUGCAGACUCAACAUUACCAGACAUGUGGAAAUACCCGACUUCACGGCUCUAGAGCUCGUCUGCCCCAUAAAUGUUGAGAAUAUUAGCAAUCGCCGGCUGAAUUCCUACGUCCCUCUUCCUGGGCACAAACAGAAAGUUUAUCCCGCCUUAGUCACGGCUUUUAUGUACAGAAUACUCAAAUCAUACGCAGCUGUGACCGUACAUGGACGUGGACUACCACCAUUUGUCCAUCCAUUGCAAGUAACGGCUACAUCGACCAAGUUACCCUUAUCUACAUGCCUAAGUCUAGUCCGAGUCUGCGACAAACCACGUCCCGGAAGUGAAGAGUUUGCAGCAGAUAUGCUCCAUCGAGAAAUGAGUGCCAUCUACGACCAGCGCAGAGAAUACGACGAUAUGUCCCUUCUGGCCGCUUUUCAGGCUUACAUGAUUUAUUGCAUGGAGCUAUUUUUUACGCUCGACCAAAUCUCCGACCCUUUCCUGCGACAGGCAAUGAUGAACUUGCAAUAA